CUUUUUUCGUUUGACCUAGUUGUUGUAUUUGUACUGUCUUGACCGCUUGAAAUCCCUUGUCGUGUUUAUUAUAAAAAAAACGUUAUGAAAUAAAGAUCAGCUCAAGAUUCUAUUACAACUAAAGCAAGUACUGAAUAUGGAAGCUAACCAAAAUAUUCAUGUUAAAGAAGAGAAAACUGAUGAUGUAGAUGAAUAUUGUCAUGUUAAAGAAGAGAAAACUGAUGAUGUACAUGAAUAUUGUCAUGUUAAAGAAGAGAAAACUGAUGAUGUACAUGAAUAUUGUCAUGUUAAAGAAGAGAAAACUGAUGAUGUACAUGUAGAAGGAUAUUGUGAUGUUAAAGAAGAGAAAACUGAUGAUGUCAAUGAAUUUUGUCGUGUUAAAGAAGAGAAAACUGAUGAUGUUGAUGAAUAUUGUCAUGUUAAAGAAGAGGCGACUAAUGAUGUAGAUGGAUAUUCUCGUGUUAAAGAAGAGAAAACUGAUGAUGUCGAUGAAUGUUGUCAUGUACAGUUCAAAGAUAGGAAACCUUAUCAUGUUGAAAACGUUUAUCAGUGUAAAUUGUGUGAUGAAGAAUUUAGAUUAGAAACAGAUCUAGAAAUACACUGUGAAGACCAUGUUAAAGAAGGGAAUGUUGAAAUAUUUUAUCAAUGUAAUGUUUGUGAUGAGAAAUUUACAUCUGACACUGAUUUAGAUGAACACUGUAAAAUACAUGUACAUCUUAAUGAAGAGGAGACAAUUCAUGUGGAUGAAGGGGAGACAAUACAUGAUAACAAAGGGGUGAUAAGUCAUGAUAAUGUAGGGAAGACAAUUCAUGUUAGCGAGAGGGGGACAGUUGGUGUGAAUGAAGGGGAGAUAGUUGGAGUAAACAAAGCAGAAACAACUAGUUUAAACAAGGGGCAGACAAUUCGUGUUAGCAAGGGGGAGACAAUUCAUGAUCAAGAAGAAGAGACAAUCCAGCUUGAUGAGGAAGAAUCCAUAGAAGAUUUUUCAGAGCACUUUGAAGAUUGUGAAUUUCAACUAGAUGUAAACAACGCCAGUCUUUUGUGUGAUGUUUGUGGUAAAUCGUUUAAUAGAAAAUGUCUGCUCACAAGACAUAGAAUGACUCAUGGAGCAGAGAGACCUCAUGAAUGUGAUAUUUGUGGUUUUUUAUUUCAUGAGAAGGGAGAUCUAGAGAAACACAUGAAAAUUCAUUCUGGUGAAAAACCAUAUGAAUGUGAAUCUUGUGGUAUUUCGUUCAGUAACCAUGGUGAUCUGCAAACACACACAUUAACUCAUGCUGGUGAAAAGCCGAUUACGUGUGAUGUUUGUUGUAAAUCAUUUAAAUGGAAGCGCCAGCUAAAGAGACACAAAGAUCUGAACUGCGAAGAUGGGAGCGACGGAUUACAUCAGUGUAAUUUCUGUGAUAGAUUCUUCGUGGUACAAAGUGGUUAUCAGAGACACCUCAGCACCAACCAUAAAUGUGAUGUUUGUGAUAAAUAUUUUAAAGAUGUGGAUGUACACAGAAGAAUUCACACGACAGGAAACUCAUUAAUAUGUGAAAGGAAAUGUCUGAUACACCGUGUAACAAGCAACCCUGGUGUAAUAAUGAAAUUUACUGACACCAGUUGGAACACAGUUGUUAGAUAUGCAGGUAAAUGGAGAAAUCUUGAUGGAGAAGAGAAGAAGAUAGCUGAUACGUUUUGGGAUGUCUUCAAUGGUACGAAGGAAGAUGCAGAGGAAUUGUAUGGGUAUCACAAGUUCUGCUAUCAAAGGUUCUGUGAUAUACUGCGACAAAAACGUGCGGAGAUAAGAAUAAGAAAACGUAAAGCUGAAACAGGAACACACUCUCCUAAUAAACGUUUGAGACCAAAUCCAUCAGAGUCUUCAACAAGUGAUGAUAUUCUUCCAGCUGUCUGCAUCAUUUGCAAGAAAGAUGACUUCCUUGUGAAAAUUCAUGGUAAAAGGGUCAAAGACAAGUUAUUACAAGCAGAGACAACAGAUGCUGGUUCACUUCGUGCAGCUGCCACAAAGAAACAUGAUGAAUCCAUACUAAAACAUAUACGAGGCAAGGACUGUGAAGCUAUAGAAGUUUGUUACCAUAGGACUUGUUAUAAGAAGUAUGUCACUUUUCUUUACAAGAAACCCAGCGAUUUGAGUGACAGUGACCACCAGUUGUAUGAGAAAUCUUUUGAGAAGUUUUCAAGUGAAAUAAUUACCAAGAGAAUUAUUAAUGAUAAAGAGAUACUGUAUAUGUCCAAACUUCUGGCUGUCUUCAAGUCUUAUGUUGGUAGAGUUGAAGAUCUGGAUGCUUCAGAUUAUGGAUCAUCAAUGUUGAAAAGUCGUCUUCAAGUGAAAUUUCCCCAACUUGUGUUCAGUCACCCGCCUAAACGUGUAAAUAGUGAGAUGGUAUUUGUGGUUGAUACAGAGGAUUUUGAGUCUUCGACACGUGAAUCAACAGAGACAGGCUCAUUUGGUUCCGAAUCUGUCACAUCUUGUGCCACAUCUACAAGAGAUACAAAUGAUUCAGAGAAAAUAAACUGUUCAACAAGUGAACCAUCUACUUCAGAAUCUGUUCCGUUUACUGCGAAUUCUACCGUUUCAGGAGAAGAUACAGAUCAAAUAAACUCUUCAUCGAUCGAACCAUCUACUUCAAAAUCUGUUCCAUCUGGUGUGAAGUCUACAAAGUCUAAUCCCUUCCUUUAUACAUCUGCCUUGAAGUUAAGAGAUGCGUUUUCAAAAAUAACUGUUAAUGACGGAGCUAGAUCUCCCCUCUCGUCUGAUGACUGUAAAUCAUCUGUUAAUAAUGGGACCACACGUCCCCUCUCGUCUGAUGACUGUAAAUCGUCGAUACCUAUUCCAUUAUACAAUACUUUCGCAUGGAUGAUUGGAGCAUCGGAUGAACAAACACUUGAUAACUACGUCAAGGUUGAAGACUCGGUGAAUUUACAACUUUUGCCAAUUCUUCAAGAUAUAGUUGAACUACACAGUCGAGAUAAAGGGAAAACACCCCAAAAUCAUUAGCACUUGGCUGAUCUUUACUCUUUUUUGACAGAGUCAAAUAUACUCUAAAAUCAUUAAAAUUUUACUGAACUGUACUCCAUUAGAGUUUGACUUAAAGGGCUAAUCCUGAUAAUU